AUGACUAUAAUAAAUUUCACAAACGAGACCAGCAUUGCUCCAGACCACCGGUCAUACCAGCACCAACCAGAUGACUACUUGCUUAAACAAAAUAAUAGCAAUGAUGAAUAUGCCCUUUCUUAUUGCUCCCCUGAAUCAUGGCUUCUAUUUCAAGCCCCGGAGGUGAUUAUAAUAAUAAUUAUUAUUAAGAUAAUGACACAACCAUCAGUGAUACUUGCCACUGCUAGUUAUGAUCACACUAUCAGAUUUUGGGAGGCAAAAAGUGGCCGCUGUUACCGUACUAUUCAAUACCCAGAUUCUGUAAUCACUAUAUUCUUCUCUUUUUAUUAUUAA